UUAUCAGUUACCUAGUGUAAAACUGCAGUCACAACGAUAGAAAAGAUUGUAUUGAAUUGCAAAUAAGUGUAUUCAGAUAGAUUUCCGUCGUUUGUUUUCAGGCGGGUGGCGCGAGUGUAUAUGGACUCGCACCAAAAUCACAUGCAUUUAAAACUUAUGACACAACCACAGACUUUCUAAUUGGUAUUAUGCUUUUAAACUUACUGGUAAUUUGAUUGUUGGUUGUUGUGCAGUAUAACGUUGAGCAGCUUCAAAACGUUGUUAAAUUACAGCGGUGGUGUCUGAAUGUAUAUUCACGGGUCAUAACUUGACAUAUUAGUUUAACUUUUUUGAUUUGAAGAAUGGAUCGACCAACCAGAAAUAAGAAAACUGUCAACUACACAGACUUCCAAGACGACGAUGAUGAGGAUUUUGCCUGUGUAAAACCUCCUCCCAAAAAAGCUCGAACGGCCAUAAAAGACCAGGAUUCUGAGAGCCACCGCAAAACUGCAAGUGCCUCUCCAAAUGAUGUUGUUGAUCUUACCAGCUCAGGACACAAGAAGAGGGCGUCUCUGGAGGAUACAUUUUGUGACAGAGAUUUAGAGACAGCUCUAUCUUUAUCGUUGCUGGACUCUUUAAGAACACAGGAUGGAGAUCCUGCAACCAAAACAGAUGAAUAUGACAGUUCUCAGCCUCCUCAGUGUUCACCACCUGUUUUAAUACACUGCAGCUCCGAGGGCAGCCAUUUAGUCUGUGAUGGUCAGCCUCGUCCAAAUUCUCCUCCUGUGCUGUCCAAUUGUAGCAUUGAUGGCAGUAGUUUAGGGCUGAAUCUGAUCAGUGUAGAUGCCUCCCCUACCAGUAUUUCUAAGCAGAAGGACACUUCAGAGGAGCAGAGAAAACCACCAAAGGAGAAGAAGGACAACCAAGACGAUGAGGACUACCAGCCUCAGAACACACCAGAUUCAGAAAGUGAUGCAGACUUUACUGAAGAAGAUGAGAGCGAAGACGAGACGUUCACUACAAAAAAGAAGGUUGUGAAACAGAAGACAGAAAAAAAGAAACCACCAGCUGCAAAGAACAAGGCAGAAAAGAAAGACAAAAAGCCAACGAAAUCUUCAAAAGCCAAAGGCUCAGCUCCCAACUCCGUUCUCUGCCGGAGUCCUGCCGCUCCGGUGUGUGGAGCGAAGAAGACACCUACUUCUCCGCUUCUCUCUAAACCUGCAGUGUGCUCCAGUCCUUCAGGGGCCAGGCUGCCUAAGUGGAAUCCCCCUGGUCUGCUUGGCCGCAGCCCCGGUGCAUCUCAGAAUGCACACGUGAAGUCUCCAGGACAGGGGCUGCGUUUAGGACUUUCUCGUAUGGCUCGAGUCAAACCUCUUCACCCCAAUGCUGCAAUCUAAAUGGACUUGUUUUAAAUUUUGUAGCCUUACAAAUGGCUUUUGGGAACUCAUAGUGCAUGGGACAGGAAAAAACAUGGUAAGAAGGAAUGGAUAUUUUUUACUGAAAUAUUUCCAGAAUUUAAGACGUCCCUCUUUUAUCCCAGUAAUAUGUAACAACCGUUUUUGUUGUGCUUUUAAUAUUUGUUUAUGUCCUUUCAUAGUGUGUUUUAGCUUUGUAAAUAUGCACUUUUUGAUAAAUAAAGA